CGCUGCUUAAUUGUUUAAUAAUAGAAGUCAUUAUAGCUUAAUCCGGUAGGUAUACCGAAAACAAGUGUCAAAUGUCGGGUUGUUAAAAUGUCCGUAUUUCGGGUAGAAAAUAUGGGAUGAUAGACUUGAAUGUGUUUACAAUGCCGUGUUAUUUCAUCGGUUUAUGUUACAGAUUUUUUGUCAGUUAAAGUGACCGCUGGCUAUUUCAAUGUUAGCAUAUCUUUACCACACUUAAGCAGGGUAAAUUAUAAUGACGGAAUGGAAUUGAUUUCUACUUGGUAAGAGAUGAGAUGAGAUCGUGUGCGUUAUAGAGGUAUGCAACGAUGAGGUUUAGACAGCUAUUGAGGUUGUGUAAAAUUUCAGGCAAGAUCGCCUGUUUCUCGUUGACGUUUUUCCUCGUUUCACAGCGGAUAUUAGAGGAACCACUGGAACAUAUAGACGCCGACAAUGUAGAUGAAGUUAUAAAAGAAGAUAUACAACCAGUGCCAUUUCAAAUCGUUAUUGAGAACAAUCCGGGUAAACGUGAGCUAAAAGUUAACAAAAAUGUUGCUACCCGUUCAAAUUCUUCCGCCAUGAUUCCAGGACUUAUGCGGGUGUUGGGAUUUUCUUACGAUAUUUUCUUAUUCUCCGCCGUCGUCGGAAAUUCCUCAAGCAGCAAUAUAUGGGACACUAUUGUACUCCAAGGCUGGGAACAUAGAAUGUAUGAAAACACGACGUUUGGUUGCUGUAUCAAAUAUAAAAGCGGAGACCUACGGUCAGUGAACGCAACUAGGAAAGUUCACUGGGCCUAUAGGCAGAAGGUUACACUGCCUGUCAAACAAUACAUAUGCUUAAAUCCGAAACCCGGACUUGACGAUCUGCCUGUUGCUGUAACUUUAUCCGGACAGACUGCACAGACGGCGUGUCACAGAAAAUUUAACUGGUACUUGGAGCCAUAUUUCUCGCAGGCACAUUCAAAAGAAAUAGCAGUUUGUACCAAAAUGGUAUAUGGAGAUGUUUCAGCAGACGACCUCUUGACUUGGUUCGAGAUACAUCGUCGGAUGGGCGUGACCAAAGUAUUAACAUAUACGUACGACCUAAAUGAUGAUGCCGCCAAGGUUUUACGGUAUUACCAGUCGCAGGGUAUGGUAGAGACUUUUCCGUUCAGACUCCCAAAAGCAUCUCGUGGGCGUAAAGUAACACAAGUUGGGGUAAAGAAUUAUCAAGCUUGGAACGAUGAACAAAUCCCUGUGUAUGAUUGCUUAGAAAAGUUGAAAGGAUAUAAAUAUCUGGCAACAAUAGACAUUGACGAAUAUCUUAUACCAAAGGGAGGCAAAACGUGGCUCCAGUUGUUUGACAAACUAUGGAAAGUGAGACCUUGGGCAGCCGGGUACACGUUCCUCGUGCAUUUACAUAUAACCUCGUGGGGAGUGACUAAUAACUCGUCCCGGUUUACGGUCGGCAGGUACAUUAACCGUACAACGGCAAUGGUAGACAGGAUGAAACAUGUCACAAGACCAGACAGAUUAGCAGUCGGUGGCUUAUCCACUCACCAGUAUACACCACAAUGGGAAAAGAAAUAUAAAAGGUUUCAAGCACAGGAGUCAGACGGGACAAUACGUCAUUUCCGGGCGUGCAGACGAGACUGGGAGAAGAGGGUGGCUAACAAAACAUGCAUGAAACUAGCUAGAUUUACAGACAAGACAGUGGCUGAUAUUUUGGCGCCAAUUGAACAAGACAUUACAAUGUUAAAGUCAUCAAUUCUGGAAGGUGGAUGAAAAGGCAUUGUAAUCAAUACAUUUAGUAUUAACCAGCAAUAAAUGGAGCUCUCCGUGAUGUAAUACAUGCAGCAAUUCGAAACCAUAUGAAAUCAGAGCUGGCUUUUUAGUUAAGCAAGAAUUAGACAUUGCUAUAAGAUCUCAUAUUGUUAUAAAUAAAUAGGUACGUAUGUGACAAAGUCAGAGCCAAUAUACCAUACUGGAUGAGAAGACACUGGAAUCAAUACGUUUAGUAUACGAUAAAGUUUGAGCUCUCCGUAAUGUAAUACAAUGUGUAACAUGCGACAAUUCGAAACCAGAGCUGGCGAUUUAGUUACGCAAAUAUUAGGCAUUAAUAUAAGAUCUCAAAUUGCGUACGUAUGUGACAAAAUCAAAGCCAAUAUACAUGUACGAUAUUGACAAUAGAACAACCUCUUCAUAUUGCCAAGGCAUAAUAAAUGGACAUCAUGUUUAUUAGGUCUAAAGAUCCUAAAUUAUUUAUGGUACAAAAUAAUGUACGAUUUAACUAUCUUGUUUUAUAUUAAUCAACGUUGGAUAAACGAGUGUGUGUGCUUCAUGAAUCCGACUACUUGUUUCAAAAUAAAUCACAAAUUUUUGGUGACUUCCAUCAAACAAUGGAAAAUAUCAAUCGCAACUGCUCGGCCCUUUUCGUCAAACUUCGAAUAUGAAUAAUUAUGAAUAAUAGCCGAGAUGCUCCGAUUGGGUAAAAUAUUACACUAGUUAUGGCCCUUGGCGUGACAGUCACUUCCAGCAUUAGGAUAAAUAACGGUAUCGAAUCUAGUCAGUGUUUUUCAUUCGCUCUAUAAGAGCUAUAUGUUUUCAUUUUUCAGUAUUUGCUACAUUACAAUCAGACAUCAUACUUUGUGUACUAGUGUUAUACAUAUGAAAUAUGCAGAAAAUGUGUAUA